GUUGGUAAGCGUGGCGGCUAUAAACAAGGAGGCCCGCCAUUAUUCCUGCAGCUCAGUUAACAGAAUUGUGUUUAGAACGUCAGAGUAAAAAUGUCAGUGCAUCCGCCCCCCAAGAGGAAAGAAAUCUACAAAUACUCAGCACCAUGGACUCUGUACAGCAUGAAUUGGUCUGUACGACCUGACAAAAGAUUCAGGCUGGCAGUAGGAAGUUUUGUGGAAGAGUACAACAAUAAAGUUCAAAUUGUUCAGUUGGAUGAGGACACUUCGGAAUUUGUUGUUCGUUCUACUUUUGAUCAUCCUUAUCCAACUACAAAAAUUAUGUGGAUUCCAGACAGUAAAGGUAUAUAUCCUGACCUACUGGCCACUAGUGGUGACUACUUGCGAGUAUGGCAGCAAGGAGCAGAUGGAGACACAAGAAUGGCAUGCUUGCUGAAUAAUAAUAAAAACUCAGACUUUUGUGCUCCUCUUACAUCUUUUGAUUGGAAUGAAGUAGAACCAAAUCUAAUUGGUACCUCAUCAAUUGACACUACAUGUACCAUCUGGGGACUGGAGACAGGUCAGAUGUUGGGAAGAGUCAAUGUAGUCUCUGGCCAUGUGAAAACACAGCUAAUAGCUCAUGACAAAGAAGUUUUUGACAUUGCCUUUUCAAGAGCUGGUGGUGGGAGAGACAUGUUUGCAUCUGUGGGAGCUGAUGGCUCAGUAAGAAUGUUUGACUUGCGACACUUGGAACAUUCUACUAUCAUCUAUGAAGAUCCCGCACACACACCUCUGUUACGGCUAGCUUGGAAUAAGCAAGACCCUAACUAUCUUUCAACUGUAGCCAUGGAUGCAUGUGAGGUGAUUAUUUUAGAUGUACGAGUUCCAUGUACGCCUGUUGCUAGAUUAAACAACCAUCGAGCAUGUGUAAAUGGUAUAGCAUGGGCCCCACACUCAUCUGUACACAUUUGUACUGCUGGUGAUGAUCAUCAAGCACUAAUAUGGGAUGUACAGCAGAUGCCUCGAGCAAUAGAAGACCCAAUAUUAGCCUACACUGCAGCAGAAGGAGAAAUAAACCAGAUCCAGUGGGGUGCAACACAGCCAGACUGGAUUGCAAUAUGCUACAACAAGUGUCUUGAGAUCUUGCGAGUGUGAGUGGAUGUGAGUGAGUGGUGUGUGCAGACUCUCCACUGGACCUGUUAGAAACCCCAUUGGAUUUUCAUCCUGUUGAAGAAACAACAGGAGGAGAGUAGGUGCAUGAGAAUCAAAAGUAAGCAGAGUGUAAUGUUAUUUAUACAGUUUGUACAGUAGAGUAAAAUAUUUACCUUUCUGAGAAUUACCGUAAAGUAUAACAUAUUUACACUUUGUACAUUAAUGAUAAGUUAGGAUUGAGUUUCAUUAUCAUAUCUGUAUUAUUAAACAUAGUCAUGUUUGGAACCGUGAUGGAUGGUUUUGAAUAAUAAUUCAAGAUAGUUUUAUUAUAUUUAGUUAGCCAAUUCAGUGUUUGUUAAAAGCAAGUGCAAGUUUCAGUCUUAUACCUAUAUACAUACCAGAUUAGUUCUAAAGAUUUCAAUAUAUACAUGUAACAAGCUGCUUUAUAUGUCAUCAGUUGAGGUUCAUUUCCUGAAUUAUCUCUAAAUGUUAGUGCAGUGUUUGUGAGCCAUGUGGCCUUAGCAUUUUUUGAUUAACCCUUUUAGGGUCCAGACCCAUGAUCUGAAACUUGUCCAUGGAUUCAGGUAUUUAAAAAAAAAUCUUAUUUUUUCUUAUGAAAUGGUAAAGAAUUUUUUUCUGAAGGUAAUAAAACAAAAAGUAUGAAAUUUAACUCUUUCAGGGUCGACAGGCCCUCUUCCAGACUUGUUCUCAGGGUCGACAAAUUUUCAAAAAAAAAAAAAAAAAAAUUCUUAUGAAAAGAUAGAGAAUCUUUUCCCAAUCAUAAUGACACCAAAAGUAUGAAAUUUGAUGGAAAACUUCCGGAAUUAUGCUCUCACGAAGUUAGCGGUCUCGACGAUGUUUACGCAUCGGCAAUUUUGCCCAAUUUGAUCCCUAUUUUCAGCCAAUUCCAGUGUACUAGUCGACAAAAAUCAUAACUAUUUUGCUAGAACUCCAUUUUUUCUAUCGAACGAGUACAAGAAACCACCCAUUUACCAAUUUCAACUAUCCAAUAAAGUGGUCAGAAUUUAGCAAUUUUGCCAAUUUCACACAAAUUUCAAAAGAUGCCAAUUUCCAAAUAGGGUCCAGAAUAAACAAGUAAGACAUUCCUGGCACUAAAAUAACAUUUCCUCUGUGUACUACCGCCCACAGGAUGGGUAUGGGGUGCAUAAUAAACAUAUUAAACUAACUAACUCUGUUCAUUAGUCACAUCCCCAGGCCCCUCUUACAUUCUUUUGCUUUCCACUUUGAAUUUUUAUUCUCACAAAAAAUGGAAAGAUUUACUGUUAUGCAGACUACUGCAUUAGUGUAGAAAUGGUAUAAAUAUUAUCAGCGCACUUGUGAAAGAAUAUUAGACUCGCCAAUUGACGUGUAUUGAACGCGUAGCAUGAUUUGUUUACUUUUGAACUUUGGCAAAAAUCAAAGAUUUCUGCUACUUUGAGCUCAAUUUCAAGGUACUUUUCAUUGCAAAACCAGUCAAAAUCAUCUCAAUUUCUGUAAUAUGUCUUCCAUUCUAUAAAAUGAGACCAGGAAAACUAGAAUACCACCAUAAAUACUAUAUGAAAAUACAGUGCAAAGUCGCUGUUUUAAACCAAAAACACUCAGUUUUUAUUCUCAUUACGCACUGUGCUGCAGGAUUUUUUUUUUAUACUGCGCACACUGACCACAUAGACCCAUUUUUUCAUAUGUAGUCCUACCAGCUUUCUCUCACUAUUUGAGGGCGCUAGAAUUUAGGCGUAUUCGUCAAAAACCUUAGUGUGUAAGCCGUACUAGUACGUCAAAAACCCUGAAAGGGUUAAUGGAAAAUUGAUGAAUUUAUGCUUUCGCAAAUUUUACUGUGUCAUCGAUAUUUACGCAUCGGCAAUUUUUGCCCAACUUGAGUCUCAUUAUAGGCCAGUUACAUUGUUCCAGAUGACAAAAUUCUUAUCCAUUUCGCUAGUAUACCUUCUAUUUUAUCAAUUGAGCACAAGAAACUGCCCAAUCAGCUAAUUCUGACCAAUAAAGUGAUCAGAAAUUGGUAAUUUUGCCAAUUUGACACAGAUUUCAAAAUAUUCCAAUUUCAAAAUAGUGUCCAGAAUAAACCAUGCAGGCAUUCCUGGCACUAAAAUAACAUUUCCUCUGUUCACUAGUUACGUUUCCAGGCUUUACAUAUAAAUUAUAUUUUGAUUUUUUAUUCACCAAAAAUUUGUAUUUGCACAAAAAAUAAUAUCAGCACAUUUGUUAACACAUUAAGAGUCAUUAGACCCACCAGUUGAAGUGUAUUGGAUGCGUGACAUGGGUUGUUUAUUCUUAAAAAUCAGCAAAUAUCGAACAUUUCCACUAAUUUGAGCUCAAUUUCAAACUAUUUUGAAUCCUCAAAACCCUCAAACUCAUCACUAUUUCUGUAAUAUAUCCUCCAUUCUAUUAAAUGAGACCAAGAAUACAAGCAUAAAAACCAUAUGAAAAUACACCACAGAGUUUCUGUUUUAAAUAAAAAACGUGGUCACGGAUAUUUUUUCCUCAUCAUGCACUGUGUGCUGCAAGAUUUUUUAUAUGGUGCACACUUACUGCAUUAACCCAUUCUGUCAUAUUUAGUAAAUGAUCCAACUUGGACCAUUUACUUUGUAAAUGGUCAAAGUCAGACCGAAACGUCAUCGUAAGCUCCUCUCUUCUAUGUGUGGGUUAUUUGUGUAUUGUUCCAGUCACGGUAUUGGUUUUUUUUUUUUUUUUUUUUUUUUUUUUUUUUUUUUUUUCAUAUUUAGUCCCAAAUUCACUGCUCACAGCUUAAGUGAGCUGAGCUCAUUACGUAGCACUAAAACACGGACUCUGAAAGCAUUAAUUCAGAAAUAGGGAGGGCAUAUAACAGAAGUGAAUGUUUUAAGAUAUUUGGAAGUUACCAGCAAAUGAGUCAGUGAAUAAUGAGGUGAACCAUAGAAUAGAUAGGGAAAAAAAUGUAGGUGGUGUGCUUACCUACUUGUGGUUCCCUCAGGAGAGAAGUUUAUAGAAGCAAAAAGAAAAAUGUGCUAGACUAUAAUGAUAACAACACUUGUAUAUGGUGGUGAGGCAUGUGCUUUCAAUGUUGCAUCAAGAAAGAGGCUGGAGCAAUGUUUGGUGUGAAUAUUAUGUAGAGAAUAUGGAGUGUAGAAAUUAAAUGGCAAUAUGAGGUCACCUAAGGUCAAAUUUAGAGGACUGAGGAGAGGUUAUAGAGGUGGUUUAGGCAUUUAAAUCUGGUGAAGAAAAACAUGACCACGAGGGUGUGUAGAGCUGGGGUGAAAGGAAGAAAUAGUCAUUCUAGGAAGGGAUUGAAGGAGGGGUUAGAGGAGGUUUGGAGUGCUAUGGUCUUGAGCACCAGCAGGCUUGUAUUAGAUAGCAGUGAGUGUAGAAAAGUGGUUCUCAUGGCAUGACAUGCUUUUGGAAUGUGAGCAGGAUAGCAUUUAUAAAGGGAUUCAGGUUAACAGUGAGCCAUACUCAAGUCCUGGAGGUAGGUAGUACAGUGCCUGCACUCAAGAGGAGGAUUGGGGAUGUUGCAGUUUGAAGUAAUUUGAAUAGUGAUGUCUGCCCAAUUCAGACUAUUGAAAUAAUGGCUAUAAAAAUGCAUUUGCUUUUUGGCGGGGCCACCUUACCUCAGUGCAAGAUCACCAAUGUGUCAGUAAUAAUAAUAAUGAUAAUAAUAAUCAGGGUGAGUGGAGGGGUGAGGAUGUUGCAGUUUGAAAAGUUAUCUGAACUGUGUUAUCAGCACACUUGUAGUAAGACUGCGAAUGAAUGAAAUAUGGUGACUGCAUCCUUAUUUAUAUCUGAGCCACCCAGCCUUGGUUGGAGACAGCCAUUGUUUUUAAAAAUAUUAAAAGUUAUCAAUAAGAGUAUUUAUUGCUCUAUACUAAUCAUGUUGUCAGUAACUACUACAGUACUCU